AUGCUUGCAAUUGGAAAUACCUGUAAAAAUAUAUGUCCUGCAUGUCCUGCAGGCUGGGACGGGAUUUGCUGGGUUCGGCUGAACCACAAAAACGCAAGAGGCUCAGCAGGUGGUAUUUGUCCAUCCAAUGUACACGGUGGUGGAUGCAGUGCGGGUGGUUCUCGGGUACGCGAUAUUCGUGCCAGUGGUGGCAGUGGCAGUGGUGGUGACUCUGCUGGUGGCGAACAUCAUGACAUCAUACCUGUUCCAGCGGCGACACAGACAGGCAAAGCACGGCCCAUUACGGCCGCCGGUGCAGCGCAUACAGCGACUGGGGUUCUGGAAAACACUCAAUGCGCAGUCACUCUACAAAACGCAAUACAACGAGACGUGGGCCGAGCCCCAUGUGCGGCUUGCUGGCUUGCCGCAGACAGAGACAGCACUGGCGCAGAUAGUCGGCCUGGUGGUGCGGGAUUUUGUGCAUGGGUGGUUCCGCGGGAUCUCGGCCGACCCGUCGUUCCCGCGCUGCGUGCAGACGCAGAUAGUGCAGUGCAGCGAGGGCAUCGUGGAAAGGGCGCGGGGGCUGGAUGUGGCGGAGUUCCUGGUCGGCCAGGUGGUGCCGAUAGCGACCCGGCAUCUGAAGGCCCUACGGCAGAAGACAAGCAAAUGGCAUGCGGCGGCCGAGGGCAAGCAGCAGGUGAUGGCACAUAUGCGGCAUGUAGUGGAUCUAGUGGUGCCGCUGGUGUUGCCGGUCGACCAGGCGUCGUUUCUGCCGCACCGGGUGCUGGUGCGCGAAUUGCUGUGAUGAGCCUGGCGGAGCCCGACACGCUGAACCAGCUGCUGGAUGGGCAGUUGGCGCGGCUGAUCCGCGAGCAGCAUAUGGUCAGCGAGCUUCGCGAGGCACUGGAGAUGCAAGCGGACGAGCAUGUGGCCACGUACCAGGAGUUCAUGGAGACCAUUGAGGCGUGCGGGGACGCAAACGAGCUUGUACGCAUCCAUGAGGAUGUGGUCGCGCAGAUCCGCAAGAAGCGCAUUCUGAUCAUGGGUCUGGGCAAGGACGACAUUGUGCAUGGUGAGCGGGUGCGGGACAUAUUGGUGUAUGUGAACCGGCUCUACGUGGCGAAAAAGAAGGCCGAGCGGCGGCUUGAGCUGCUUCGUAAAGAUGCGCCUCCGGCGUUCGGCACGCCUAAUACACGCAUGUCAACCUACUACGCGCACCGCGAUGAGCCCGAGACGCUGGGCCUGCCGCAAUUCACACUGCGCGAAAUCCUGACCAACGUGUCCAGCCUGUCAGCGUUCGCUGAGCACCUGGACCCCUCGAGCCGCGCUCUGCUGGAAUUCUGGCUGAACAUCGAGGGCGUCAAAUCACAGCCCACCAGUGCGGUGAUGGGGGUUUUGUGGAAGACGUAUUUCACACGACGUGCCGAUGAGCUGGCAGCGCUGGGCCCCGAGACCGCCGCUGCAGUAUCGGAUGUGCAAAAGUACCUGAAGCCGUGGCGGGCGCCCGGCGAAAUGGCGCUGGGUGAGGUGCCCGAGCAGGAAUGCCGGGAAGCGUUUCGCAUGAUUAGCGAGGUGCAGGGCCAGGUGUUCAGUUACCUCAAGCAAAAGGAGCUGCCUUCGUUCCUGCACGGCCCGCUCUACAAACGGUUCCUGCGCUCCUAUGUAGUCACCCCGCGCCAGGAGCAGGUCGACGGUGCGUUGUUUGCUGAGAGACCGGAGAUGCCAGAGAUACCAGAGAUACCAGAGAUACCAGAGAGACGCCGGUCGGUGGCCGAGUCGGUUGGGUCGACAGGACGGUCUGAAACCUCGUCGCGACGGAUGUCGGAGCGCUGGAGCUUUGCGCCUUCCAAGCCUCGCCCAGCGCCCAUGGCUGUGGAGACUGCAGCGGCAGUGGUUGUGCAUCGCAACGAGAGCGCAUCCAGUAUCAUGCAUAUGGAGCCAGCCAUUGAUCUGCCAAACGACUUAUCGGGAUCGGUACCAGAAGAGCCGUCACCAGCAGACCAUCUGGAGGAGCCGUCCGAGUAUCUGCAGCCAGUGCGCCGCCGUGUCGACCGGUCGGAGGUACGGCGGCUCAGCGCGUCGUUGCGGUCAAUCAGUCUGCAUGAUGCCGGCAAAGUCGACAGCGCGCUGGCCGAGCCCCUGGAGCCCCUGCUCUCUGACAGUGAAGAGGAGGAGGAGGAGGAGGCGACGUCCGAGACCGACUCUGACCCGUCGUCGCUGGUAUUGGCGCGCGCACUAACGAAUCCAGCGCCCGGCGACCUCUUCCUUGACCUGCGGCUCACGCAGCUGACCGAAGCACUGGCGCGCAAGGCCCACCAGAUGGCGAUUGUCAAGGCGCUGAUGAAGCAGGCGAUGACCCGCCACAAGCCGCACGAGCAGCGCAUCUUGCAGGCGUCGUACCGGGAUUUGCGCCGGGAGCUUCUGGCCGGCGUCGAGCAGCAGAAGCUGUAUGAAAUGUGUCUGCGCGAGCACACGCUGUCGGAACGCACGCUGCUGCACAUUCCGCGCGCCAUGGCCACCGACGACGCAGAACCGCAUACCGUCUAUCUGAUUGAGCUGCAGCAGACCCAGGACUCCCAUGCCCUAGCUGGCUGGGUUGUAGCCAGGCGGUACCGCGAAUUCCACGCAUUGCACCGCGAGCUGAAGCUGCAGGAGCCGCAGGAAAUGCGCAGGCACGAGCUGCCUGCCCGUGCCCCACUCCCCUGGCUGCAGAAAAAGGACGUUGAGCAGCGCCGCCUGCUGCUGGAGCGCUACCUGUCUGGGCUGCUGCGUGUGCCGCGGCUCUGCCAGACCCAUGCCCUGAAGCUGUUCCUGUCGGCGCUGCCGCCGCCCGACAACGAGCAGCCGCUGGGAUGGAUGGCACGCAUCCACGCCACGGUCAACCAAGACCUGGAGGGGAUUACUGGCGCCGAGUCCAUGCUCGAUAUGAUUGUCAAGGAGCUGGCCGGCCAAGUCACCAUGCAGAGUGCGAGGCCCGAGGAGCCCACGCUGUUCACCGAUCCCUUAUCUGACGUGUUUGUCGAACUGUUCGGCCUGGCCAGCCGCCGCAACUGGCUGCGCAAGCAAGCAAUUUCCAUUCUCCUGAGGCAUAUUCUCGGCGGCACCGUCGAGCGCCGUGUCCGCGAUGCCACCCAGUCCCUACUGAAGGACCAGCUGCUCUCUGGCCUUCUGGAGAAUCUGCGCGCCACGCUGUGGCCCGACAAUGGCUCUGGCGGGUUCUUGCAUUUCCAGGGCUUCAAGCAGCGGACCGAGUUGCAGAAAAAGGAGUGUCGCGAGAGCGCGCGCACCCAGAUGCUGUGGUAUGUGCCCAGGCUUCUGGGCGCCAUGGUGGGCAGGAAAAAUGCCGUCACCGGGGCGACCCGUUUGGUCGAUGCUGUGCAAUUGCCCAAGGCCAAUCUGAGCCUGGCGCUGAUGCUAUUCGAUGCUGUUGUUGUGGCAGUGUUUCCCGAGAUCAGGUACCAGAUGGAGCAGUAGCGGGGGGUUUGACUUUUGAUGUUUAUUGUGCGCCAAAUGCAGCUAGGGUUUCCCUGGACUUCUCCUGCAGCUGGUGUCCCUUUGCAAUGGUAUUUUUCCUAGUGAGUCUGUUGCUGUCUGAAUAUCUUUGCUUGGGGAGAUGUGCAGACUUCAGGAGCAAAAAAAAAUACCAAACAGACUCGCACUGUCAAAGUCUUCUGAACAUGGUACUAAACACUAUAAAUACCCACCAUUUCUCCCAGGCUAAUUUGUUCUGCGACAAUUAUCCUUUCAUUAAUAUUGC